CCUCACCGUCCCCUGAGAGGGUAUGUGAGCCUUGUACUGAGGGCUGCCCUGCAGUUUACAGGAGCAGAGAGAGGCCGAGAUCAGUUAACUCAAGGUAUCUGAAUCCUUAUCACCAAGUGCUUGCUGUCCCUAAGGGUACACAGCACAUUUUCCUGGCCAGAAGACACAGCUCAGAAUGCAUAGGGGAAGCCACCUUGUCCAAAGAAAGUCAUGAGGACUGCCAUGGCCUCCAGUCAGAGCAACCGAUCCAGUGAGCACUGCAUCCCUCAGGAGGAGGAUCUAUGGACCUCCCCAGACCUACUUGUCCUUCAGUUGCUGUGCCCUCUGUACCAAGAUAAGAAGCUAACUAAACUGGUGCCUAUCCUGCUCCACAAGUUUCAAAACAAGAAGCCUAUCACCAAGAGGGAAAUACAACAUAAUGUAGAACCCCGUCACCGCAGGGACUUCAUCCCAUUAUUCAAGGCAAUCUGUGAGUGCAUGUGUCUGGCCUUUGGCAUUGAUGUGCAGAAAGUGGAUUCCCAUAGCAAAAAAUAUGUCCUUUUGCCCAUCUUAGGCCUCACUUAUAAUGGGAUGCUGGGUGAUGAUUUGCAGAGCAUUUCCAAAAUCAACCUCCUGGUAGUCAUCCUUAUCAUCAUCUUCUGGAAGGGAAACCAUAUCAGCGAGGUGGAUUUAGGGGAAUUCCUGAGAAGAAGGGAAAUGUUACCUGAAAGGAAGUGCUUUGUUAUUGGGGAGCCCUGGGAAUUCAUCAAAAAGGAUUUGGUACAGCUGCAGUACCUGGAGUAUAGGCAGGUGCCCCAUAGUGAUCCUGCUCAGUACGAGUUCCUGUGGGGUCCAAGGACCCAUGCUGAAACCAGCAAGAUGAAAGUCCUAGAGCAUUUGGCCAAGGUGAACAGGCGCGAUCCCGGGUCCUACACACAUCUCUAUGCCGAGGCUUUGAGAGAGGAGCAAGAGGCUGCCCAUUCCUGUGCUAUGGGCCAGUGAAGGGGCAAGGUGCCAGGCAGACACAGGGAGUGCUCCUCAUCACAUGGCUGUCUUAGUUCCCACACCAUGUGAAAUGAGUCCCAUUCUUCAGUUCGUGUUUCUGGAUAUCACAUUUUUCUAAGUACUCGAGAGCCAGGUGAGAAAUAAAGUCCCAUGUACAUCAUCUCUAUGUCUGUACCAUAUGGAUGACUUCAAAAUAGACACAUAUAUUCCUUAUGAUAUUUGAACUGCUGCUCCUUUUCUGCAAUUUUGACAUCACUUGUAAAUGUUAUUUGAGUGAUGGUAGUGAUCACAUGUAUAUUUUUAAUUUGUGAUUUUGAAGAUUGAUUGUGAUAUCUAAUGUCAAUGUGAUUUUGUGUGGUAUUGAUCACACAGGAAUUUUGCUCUUCUUUCCAAAUGUAAGAGUCUGCUAUUUUGUCAAUCCAACUUGGAAAGUUUUCAUCUUAUUUUCAAGAACAUUCCAUAGAUUUUGGUAAGACUUUGCAUGGAAAUGUGAAAGAAGUUUACAUCAAGUUAAAUGGAGUACAGGAAUAGAUAUUGGGAUAAAAAUCCUUGGUCUCUUAUUUCCUCUUAAAUGUUGUCCUUUACUAUUAAAAUAUCUGAAUAACUGAGUAUGCUCAGUUUAUUUAAUUAUCUGAGAGAAAUGUACCAUCAAUAAAGAAUCCUUUCUUCUCACGGGCAC